AUGAGUCUGAUACCAUUCACACCAGUAACCACAAUUCGAUGGCAACCCCCACCGCGCUACGAACCCUACCGAAAACGCCAGGAGCCAACCUGGCUCGAUGCCUUACAUACAUGGAGGGACAGAACAGGAUCCACGAUAACCUGGGCCGAGGAGCUUAGGCGAGACGAGAAUAACAAGGUAAUGCAUAUAAUGACUCCAGUUUUGACUUGUGUAUCAUAUGAACGCCCCGAAGCGAGCAUACAGAUGCACCUACGGCGCGCUGCCGGGAGUCCUAUAGAUGCAUUCGAAGAAUCGAAGAGUGCGGUGGAGUCGAAUCUUGGUCGCCACGGUAAGGCGUUGGUCGCCUUCUACAGUGAGAUACAAAAUGGAGGCAAGGGGCCUCACUGCCGGUAUAAUACAUUCAACAUCAGCUACUCGUAUCGGCUUGAUAAUUGGCCUGUAGAAGAAUGUAGGGGGGAGGGUAGCAAGAAGGCUGAAGCCAAGCAGAAAGCUGCCAAACUGCUGUUGGAGAAGGGGACAUAUUGUGUUUCUCAAUGGGAUGCUGUGUCCGGACUUAAGCACGCCGACCGCAUCGCCAAGUGUCAAUCCGCUGCAAUCAUCCAAUAG